AUGGGUGCCUCAGGCAUCACCAGACGAGACGGUAACAAUACAGCCGGGCGCCCAGCAUCUGCUCAAACUAUCCCUUCUUUCCCUCUCGUACUGAUACAGUCCGAUACCGCCGUACUAAACUGCCCUCCGCAGUCAUGGGAUGCCUGUAAGAUGAUGUCACAAUCACAAGUCCGAGUCAUUCGAUUUCUCCAAGAGGUCAUAGAUUGA